AUGGGUGCUCCUAAGCAGAAGUGGACUGCCGAAGAAGAGGCAGCCCUUAAAGCUGGAGUAAUUAAGCAUGGAACAGGUAAAUGGCGUACAAUACUUAUGGAUCCUGAGUUUAGUGCUGUCUUGCGUUUGCGGUCAAAUGUUGAUCUGAAGGAUAAAUGGAGAAAUAUAAAUGUGACUGCAAUAUGGGGUUCAAGGCAGAAGGCGAAGCUUGCACUUAAAAGGAGUCCACUUACCCCUAAACACGAGGAGAAUGCCAAGGCUCUCAGCACUGUGGUUCAGACCGAUGAAGAAGUUGUUGAUGCUAAGCCUCUUGCAAUUGCUAGUGGGACACCACGGAAUGGUGGUCCAAAAGACCUGCUUGCAAGGUUGGAUAAUCUAAUAUUAGAGGCUAUUUCCACUUUGAAGGAGCCAAGUGGUUCUGACAGGGCUUCAAUUGCUUUGUACAUACAGGAGAAGUACUGGGCGCCCAUGAACCUUAGAAAGCUAUUGGGAGGAAAACUAAAGCAUUUGACUGCAAAUGGAAAGUUGAUUAAGAUUAAGCACAAGUACAGGAUUGCACCUAUUUCAACACCUUCCGAAGGAAGAAGAAACCAUCCUCUUGCAGAGGGAAAGCGGAAGGAUCCAUUAAAAUUGGAGAAGAGUAAGAACAGAAUCCUUACUAAAGCCCAGGUUGAUCAAGACCUAUCAAAGAUCAGGGGCAUGACUGCCUUGGAGGCUGCUGCAGCUGCUGCAAAGGCAGUUGCAGAGGCAGAAACUGCAAUUGCUGAGGCUGAAGCAGCGGCAAAGGAGGCUGAGAAGGCAGAGGUUGAGGCAGAAGCAGCACAAGUUUUUGCUAAAGCAGCAAUUAAGGCAUUUAAGUACCGGGCAUGUCAUACCUGGUAA